AUGUCCCCCAAUGCAUUCAAAAUUCCCAAUGGUGCUUUGACUCCUGUUGAUGUGCCUGAGACUGCUGAAGCAGUUACAGACAUGUUCAGUGACUUGUAUAGCUUGGUGAAUUUUUCUCCCAACAGUUCACCCCCUGAAUGGGCUGCUCCUGCUGCAGUCACUACACCUUCCACCAUAGACCCUGCUUUACUCUCCCUCAAUGCUUAUCCCCCUCCUGAUAUCCCAGCUGACAAUGUUCCCAUCACUGAAAUGACUGGGCAUGAUGCAGACAUUGACUUCCACUUGAUUCUGACUUUCCACAACACCCUACAAGCCAUCAUCCAUAUGCUGGACCAUUUCCCUGCUGAACAAGUUAUGUCCAAGAAGGUCCUUGGAAAACAGAAGAGGGGGGACCAGGGAAGGGAAGAGGAACUGAAUUGUGGUUUCCUCACCUUUGAGGCUUCAACAGCCUUGUAG